AUAGUAGUAAUGGCACCAAACAACAUAAAAAAACUCAGGAAACUGCCUCAUGUGUUCAGCAAAGUCCUCGAAUUACCGAUCCCGUCGGACGCGGAUGUUGAGGUGGAAGAAAACCCCGAAUUCUUCCGUUUCAUGGCGAAAAUCGAGCAGCAUGGUGAAAAUAUUCGUAAUGUGAGAGCACAAACAGUGGAGAUUCAUCCGGGGAUUACGAAGAUAGUAGUGAGAAAUGGUGGUGGUGGUGAAGCGGAGGUACUGAUGUUGGACCAAUUGAAUGUGGACACGUGGAGAUUUAGGUUACCCGCGUCCGCAAAGCCAGAGCUGGCUACGGCUGUGUUUGCGGACGGGGAGCUAAUCGUGACGGUGCCGAAAGGUGUGAACGGCCGUGGAGGGUACGGAGGGAAGGAUGUUUUGGUACGCCGCGGAAAUAUCAAGCUUGUUCUUGUACAAUCGUUAAGACAAGAGUAUAAGCAAGAGCUCCCCAUAUAUUGA